UUCUGAUUUCCAAAAACCAUCUUCAUCAUCUAAUUCCCAUCUAGAUCACGAUGCCUGACGGUGGAUACGCAGAAACUUACAGUCCUCGCAAGGUCCUCGACGACCCUUCAUUCCGCGUCCUCGCAUCUGGAGAGGCCCCUGCCUCAGAUGCAAACAUCGCGGCAUUCUAUAACCCCAAUCACUGAAAUCCACCUUGUGGAAAAGCCACGCCCAACGCCAGGGCCUGGACAAGUGCUGGUGCACGUCCGUGCAACUGGGAUCUGCGGAAGUGACGUUCAUUUCUGGAAGCAUGGACGCGUUGGUGAUUCUAUGGUUGUGACUGAUGAGUGUGGUUCCGGACACGAGUCUGCAGGAGAGGUCAUUGAAAUAGGUGAGGGCGUGACUCAGUGGAAAGCAGGGGACCGCGUUGCAAUCGAGGCCGGCGUACCCUGCUCGAAACCUUCUUGUGAAUAUUGCAGGGUCGGUAGGUAUAACGCUUGUCCUGAUGUUGUCUUCUUCUCCACUCCUCCUUUCCAUGGAACCCUAACUCGCUAUCACUUGCACCCUGCUGAGUGGCUGCACCGCUUGCCUGAUUCCCUUUCCUUCGAAGAAGGCUCUCUUUGCGAGCCCCUGGCUGUAGCUCUCGCAGGCGUCGAGCGUGCUGGUCUCCGCCUUGGUGACCCCACUUUGAUCUGUGGCGCUGGACCGAUCGGUCUCGUUUCUCUUCUUUCGGCACGUGCUGCAGGCGCCGAGCCCAUUGUAAUCACCGAUCUGUUCCAGAGCCGCCUCGACUUUGCAAAGAAGCUCGUUCCUGGUGUGCGUACGGUACUGAUCGAGCGUGGUUUGACGCCAAAGGAUGCGGCCCAAAAGAUCAAAGCCGCCGCUGAUGGCCCUGUGAAGGUUGCGAUUGAGUGCAGCGGUGUGGAGAGCAGUGUGCAUACUGCAAUACAUGCAACGCAAUUUGGUGGAAAGGUAUUCAUCAUUGGCGUCGGCAAGAACGAACAAGUGUUCCCGUUCAUGCACCUGAGUGCCAAUGAGAUAGAUGUUAGUUUCCAAUACAGAUAUGCUAACCAGUACCCUAAAGCCAUACGCCUUGUCGCUGGCGGUCUGAUCAACUUGAAGCCUCUGGUUACGCAUCGAUUUAAACUGGAGGAUGCUGUUUCUGCCUUCCAUGUCGCUGCAGACCCUUCUCAAGGUGCCAUCAAGGUGCAAAUUCAAGACUAGAACAUGGUGGCUAGUGGUAAUUGUAGAAUAUUCACGUAGUUUGGGUUUGGGUAGUAACUCUUGUACUUCAUCAUAUACUUGUUCGUGGGUCAAAACAUUAUAGCGUAUCAGGGAUUGGAUCACCGUGUGCCAUUCACUCACAAAACUACCGAUUCUGAGAGAAGAGCCUCUUGCAGGUCACUACAGUGAUUGCUUGUUGGCCCCGUCGGAUACACAACAAGCCCAUGCUACGUGGUAGAUUAUCAGAGUCAA